AUGGGUCUGCCCAUCUUCCCAAAAGAUAUUUUUUCCAUUCCCAGUUUGAAGUCCUUAUCCCUUUCAGACAAUCAGAUCAAAGUAAUCCCAAAGGAGAUUGGCAUGCUCACGGCCCUUUUUCAAUUGCGAUUGAAUGGCAAUCAAUUGUCCAGUUUACCAUCAGAGAUGGGAAAUCUAACAAACUUGCAAACUUUAUGGGUUCAGAACAACAAAUUCGUUGAUGUUCCGAGUGAGAUCCAAACCCUGACGGGGCUCACUGCACUUUCCAUAAGUGGCAACAAAUUUUCUUACCUUCCUUCUUUCUUUUGUGAUAUGACUUCCCUCAAGGAUCUGCAUCUAUGGCUGUCCUUCAACCAGUUGAAAAAGCUGCCCCAAGCAAUCGGUCAACUUGCUGGCUUGAUCCGCCUAAACGUGGAGAACAAUCAAAUUAGUUCCUUACCGCCUCAAAUAGGACAAUUGACGACUCUGAGGGAAUUAUGGGCCAAUGACAAUGCAAUAACACAAAUCCCUCCAGUCAUUGGUUUGCUUGUUGAGCUACGUGAAGUUCGACUAUCCAAUAACUCUCUUUCUAAUUUACCAAACGAAGUUUGUCAGCUUGGGGAACUCAAACAAUUGCGAAUUUCAAACAAUCAAAUCAGAGCAUUGCCAAAUAACUUUCACCUCUUGACGUCUUUGACGGAAUUAUCGCUUUCUGGAAAUCCUAUCACAGCAUUACCUGUGAACAUUGGAAUCUUCACUGAAUUAAAGAAUUUGGACCUUGAGAGUAACCAGUUGAAAACUCUCCCCGCAGCAAUCGGCCAACUCACAAAGCUUCAGACGUUGCACCUACAGUCAAAUAACCUUCACGACUUACCGAAUUCGAUUCGAAAGCUGAAGAAUUUAGAAGAAUUGUGUUUACAUGACAACCAGUUGGAAAGUCUCCCGUCUGGCCUUUGGACGUUGAACAAUCUCAAAACAAUAAGCCUCGAGAACAAUCAAUUGCGAAGGAUUCCUCCAGAGAUUGCUGGGAUGGCCUAUUUGUCGAGGCUGCAAGUAGCUUAUAAUCAGUUGACGAGCUUGCCAACGAAUAUCGGUUUGUUACCUGCCCUCUCGCGUUUGAAUCUGGAAGGCAAUCAGUUGAGCCUUUUGUCUCCUGCCAUCGGAAUGUUGACUUUGCUGGAAGCUUUGAAGGUGGACUUCAAUAUGAUCCAAAUUCUUCCGCCAGAAAUUGGCAACCUGAGAAACCUUGAAGAUCUGAGUAUCUGCAACAAUCAGGUCAAGACCCUUCCGCCUGAGCUCUUCAAAUUAACUAAACUGCGGCGUUUGGCGAUCUCAAAUAACAGUUUAAAUUCCAUUUCUGGAGAGAUUUCGCUUCUGACAGGUUUGCAAAGUUUGGUGACAACGGGAAACCGCAUUCGGAUUCUUCCUCCUUCACUGGGGCUUCUCACGAAUCUAACUGAAUUGUACCUACAUGAUAAUUCCUUGACUCACUUUCCCGAGGAAGUAGGGACGAUGUAUUCUUUGAAAACAAUUACUCUGAACAAUAAUAAGCUCAAGGAAAUCAGCGCAGGUUUCAUGAGAGUCACCUCUUUGACAUCCAUGCAAUUAGCGGACAACAAAAUUCAAAUUGUGCCUACCUGGAUGUGGAAAGUCAGCAAAUUGUCAAGCCUAAAUUUGGACGGAAAUCCUUUGUCAUCUCCGCCAGAGAGGAUACUUGAG